AUUCGAAGGUCGCGAGUUUUCUGGGCGUCAUAACGAAGUGCUGCAGAAAUUUCCAAGGAGCCAUUGAAUCAUCUGCUUAUAGCCUUCUCUAACCAACAUGCUGCGGCUGCGGCUCCUGCAGCUGUGGCUGCAGCCUGACCACCAGAGCCCCACUGUUGCUGCUGCUGCAGCUGCAGCUGCUGGAAGCGGCGAAACUGCUGCAGCUCCUGGGGAGUUAUGGGGUCAGCGAUAGAGGAGGAGGAGGAGGCGAGCUGAAGAUGAGAGGGGAGGAAAGACGGAAGAGUUUUGACAUCCUGGAGAGAGGGGCGGGGAUCCAUGGCAGACCAGCGUGGGGGUGUGCCAGUGUUGCCGCGCUCGAACCAGGCGUCAUCAUACGCCUUGAAGCAGGUUGCGGGGGGAUGGUUGGUUUGGGUGCAGCGCUCACCCGCCCUGGGACCAAAACGGCGAAGAUAGGAACAUGGGGGGAGAGUGCCAGGGCGGCCACCACGGCUACCAGAUGAGCCACUACUGCCUCCACCACCACCACUGCUGCCACCCUCGACCCCGCCACCACCGCCGCUGGCUCCGCUGCCCCCACAACCGCCACCUCCACCCCCUCCCUGAGGGUUGUGUCAAGGGAGGCACGGGGCUGAGCCUCAGUGAAGGCGAUGACGCGCACCUCAUACUGAGGGGAGAGGCCUUCGAGGAGAUGGUAGAUCUGGAGGUUGGAGGGGAGAGUAGUCUGGCGAGCCUCUAGGUGGGAGGCAAGGUCCAGGAGACGGCUGGUGUAGUCAACGGCGCCAGCACUAUUUUCGAUCGUGAUGCUGAAGUAUUCCUUGAAGAGCGGUCCGACAGCGUCGAAGUCGGUGCGUUCGAACAUCGCCUCAAGCUCGAGCCAGAUCUGGCGGGAGCCGAUGCGACGUGCCUGGAAGUUGCGCAUGAGCGCAGGCGGGAUGGCAAGGAGAAGGGCACCAGCAGCACGAUUGUCCGCCUCGAGCCAAGCGCGACGACGCUCGGCAAAUCGUGCAGAGUCAGCGGCAUAAGCGGCGGCGGUAGCGGCAUGCUGGUUGUGGAGGGUGGCCGACCGCUCGUGUUCCUCCAAAGUGAUCAGGUAAUC